GGGGGGGUUUAGGUUUUUUCUAGCGCUAGGGCGGGGCGAUGGCGCUGGGGUGUGCCGCUCUUGGAUCGUCCCCGUGCGCCUCUCUUCCAGGAGCAUCGCAUUCCUUCGCCGUGGGGUCGAAAUUUUGCUCGAGGCUCUGGUUCUCCGCUCGUCCUAGAGGAGGACGCUUCCGCCGACUGCAGAGGUGGGAGAAUUCUUCUAGAAGUCUUUUAUUCGCGAGGAUCAGGGCAUUAAGUUCGAAAUCUGCGGGGGGUAGCGACGAUCGUAGCACGACUUCUGAGAAAUCUCUCAAUCCUUACGUCUGGUCCGACAGAAAGAGCCCCAGAAUAUGUAUACUGGGUGGUGGCUUUGGUGGUUUAUACACUGCCUUGCGGCUGGAUUCUCUUGUGUGGACACCAGAAAAGCGUCCGCAGAUUUUACUUGUGGAUCAAUCCGAGCGUUUCGUUUUCAAGCCGAUGCUUUACGAGCUAUUGUCAAAAGAAGUUGAUGUCUGGGAGGUAGCCCCACUAUUUGCAGACCUCUUGGCGAGCACAACCAUACGCUUUCUAAAAGACAAUGUCAAAUCAGUGUCACCUUUUGAUGCAGUUGCUGACGAUAACAAGUCGUCACCAUCUAGCAUCGGUGGUAAGGUGUACCUUGAGAGCGGAAUUCAAGUCGAAUAUGACUGGCUAGUAUUGGCGUUGGGUGCUGAAACUAAGAUGGAUAUGGUUCCUGGAGCACUGGAACACGCCCUUCCUUUCUCGACUCUGGAAGAUGCUCUCAGGCUGGAGAAGAGAUUGGAAGAGCUGGAAAGGGAGCGGUUUGGUCCGAAGCAAUUGCCCAUAGAUGUUGCUGUUGUCGGGUCCGGCUAUUGCGGCAUUGAGUUGUCAGCUACGGUUGCGGAGAGGCUUGGUGAGCGUGGUCGAGUGCAAGUGAUUGAUGUCAAUUCAGAGAUCUGCCCUUCAGCACCUACCGGAAACAGAGAAAAAGCUUCGAAGGUAUUGUCAUCUCGCAACGUCAAGCUGGAGCUGGGAUAUUUUGUAACUAAUAUUGCUCUCAAGGAUUCCAACGAGCCAGAGAAAAAGAACAAGCGGGUGGUUCUCGAGUUAAAGCCAGCGAACUCAAGGAACACUCGUAAAGCCCCUCCCAGCACAUUUCUGGAAGCCGACUUGGUACUAUGGACGGUCGGAGGCAGAGCGUUGGUUCCGAAGGCCUUUCCUACAAACGGGCGUGGACAGACGGACACUGACGAGACUCUACGAGUAAAAGGACACCCUCGCAUCUUCGCGAUUGGAGACUCCGCUGGUAACAAAGACAGCUCUGGAAGGCUGCUGCAAACAACAGCACAGGUCGCGCUUCAGCAAGCUGACUAUGCCGGAUGGAACUUGUGGGCCGCAAUCAACAACAGGCCACUUCUACCUUUCAGGUACCAGCACUUGGGCGAGAUGAUGACGCUUGGAAGGUAUAAUGGUGCUGUUACGCCCAGUUUCUUCGAAGAUAUCACGCUGGACGGUGUACUUGGUCAUACAGCUAGAAAGCUCGCGUAUCUCUAUCGCCUUCCCACAAACGAGCACCGUGUCAAGGUUGGAGUAAGCUGGCUAGCGAAAUCGGCCGUGGACGCGUUCUCGUACGUCCAGGGUACGGUACUUAGCUUAGCCCAAAAAUCGUGAUUAGUGGAAAUUGUAAUGAUAAUAAUGUGAAGUUUAGGGCUUAUUGGAAUUUGAAA